UGGAGAAACAGGUCAGCACAAGACCUCUCUGCACUCAGGUUUUCAGCUCAAAGACCUUCAACAGGAACGUGUGCAGUUUUGAAACAGGAGAGUGAACCAGUGAGACCUGCAUCUUAGAAAGGUCAUUCUGGACACAAUAGAACAUGGGAUAGAAGGAGAAGCAUCCAGAUUUGGAGAAACCGGUGAGGAGACCAGGCAAUAAUUCAAGUGAAAGAGGACGAGAGCCUGAACUGAAGCAGUCUAAUCAGAAAAGGACAAAUUCCAGAAACAACUCAGGACAAAAGCAGUGACAAAAAGAGAAGGUUGAAAAAGUCAUACCUGAGGGAAGGUGAAGUUUUAACUGAGGAGAAUAUAUGAAGAGCAAGCAUUGGGGAAAAGCAAACAGGAAUAAAGAUGGCUGUUAUACCAGUAGAAGAUGACUGCAUCAACUUUGUGGGAAUGAAGUUUAUUAACAAUACACUCUACUUUGUAGGUGACGAUGAUGAAAACCUGGAAUCAGAUUACUUUGGCAAGCUGGAACCUAAAGUCUCAACCAUACGAAACUUGAACGACCAAGUUCUCUUCAUUAACCAGGGAAAUCAACCUAUAUUUGAGGAGAUGUCUGAUUCUGACUGCACAGAUAAUGCAUCCCAGACUAAAUUUAUGAUAUAUAUGUAUAAAGAUAGCCUCACUAGAGGACUGGCAGUAACCAUCUGUGUGGCAUGUCAGACCGUCUCUACUCUCUCCUGUGAAAACAAAACUAUUUCCUUUAAGGAAAUGAAGCCUCCUGAUAGUAUCAAUGAUGAAGGAAAUGACAUCAUAUUCUUUCAGAGAAGUGUUCCAGGACAUGAUGAUAAGAUACAAUUUGAGUCUUCACUGUACAAAGGGUACUUUCUAGCUUGUAAAAAAGAGAACGAUCUUUUCAAACUCAUCUUGAAAAAAAAGGAUGAAAAUGGGGAUAAGUCCAUAAUGUUCACUGUUCAAAAUAAGAGCUAGAUUAAACUUGCAUAAUUUGAUCUUUCGGAUUUUUUGUCUUUCAGAAAGGUUUUAAGACUUUGUAUCUAUAAUUGUAAUAAUGAAAUAAAAUGGAUAGUUGUCUUAAAAAAUA